UGUGAGAUAAGUGACUCAGUUCAGCACCCGUCACCCUGCUGAAAGGAAUUUAGAAUCGUGCACUCUGAGCGAAUCCGUUGGAAAUGAAAAACUAGCUGCUGCACUACAGGAGGAUUUAAAUAAACUGCAGGGGUGGUCAGAGAAAUGGCAAAUGAAAUUCAACACCAGCAAGUGCAGCGUACUUAAUAUUGGAUGUUCUCGAAGGCAAAGAUAAAGAGAUUCAACGAGGAAGUAGGUUGUGCUCCACCACCCACAGCAUACAACCCUAAGAAGACUGAAAAUAAAUGUAUAGCUGUAACUCUUGACAAGUCUGAGAGAUGGAGGUCAACCAAUGAGACAACCCCAGGCCCAGGAACUUACAGAAGUGAGAGCGUAUCUCCAGUUAAAAAACACACAAGAUCAUCAUCAUCACGCCUUGACACUUCUACUAUAUCAACUUGUUCAAACGGAUCAUCUACUUCAAGCAGUAAAGUAUUUCUUAGUCCUCCACAUCCACAUACACUUACUCGAUCAUCAUCAAUGCGUACCAUACGUGGGCAAACGAAAGGAGGGGAUAGUAAAGUUGCAGAAUUAGAAGAGCGAAUUCAAGAACUCACUGAAGAGAGAAACAAAAUGAAAUUGUUCAUAUCACAGCUAGAAACACAACUGGAAAGUUUGAAAUCCAAGAUUAGUAGGACAGAGUCAAAGGAUGUAGCUGUUUGUGUGGAUGCUGAGGAGUUACAAAUGGAUCAAAGCAGGGAGCAGAACCAAGUUGAGUUAGAGAAUGCCAGAUCAACCCUGAAGAAGAAUGAAGAACAUCUCACUUCUCUUUCCAUUACCAGCAGUGCCCUGAUACAACAAACUGAUCAUCUCUGUGAAUUGAUUGAAAGCAGAGGAAACAAAUUGGAGGAAGACUUGAUGCUAAAAGAACAACUUCAGUCAACAAGAAAGGACCUGGAAGAAGCACAGCAACUAGUCUCAAGUCUCACUGAUGAACGAUCAGGAUUGCAACUUAAAAUACAACAAUUAGAGGAAUCCGCAGAACGUAAAUCUCUCUCUGAAGAUGAGCUACAGGGUUUGAGAGAACACGUAGAUCAUUUGACUCUGUUGCGGGAUAACCUAGAAGCUUCUAUAUAUAUCAAGGACGACUUGAUUGCUGAACUUCAGGUGCAGCUUGAUGAAGUUGUGGUGGAAGGACGUGGUUACCAUGACCAGAUGGAAUCUUACAAAUCCAAAUUGGAACACAUAGAGGAUGAGAUUGAAAAUAGUUUCAAAGAACGCAAUGAGGCAGAAUAUAAAGUUCGCGGCCUAAUAGCCAAGUAUGAGGCCUUGAUGAAGGACCAGGUGGAAGAGAGAGAUAUGCAUAUAGAGAUCUUAGCCAAAAAGGAUAUUGAGAUUGAGCUUCUUAAUGGUAGUAUGAAUAAUCUUAAUAUGAAAAUUGCAGAAUACGAACAAACUUUGUCAAGUCUUCAGGAAGAAGUGAGUCAACGAAGUAGCAAAAUUUUUAUCUUGGAAUCAACAGUGUCUGAUCUUAGUUUGAUUAAUAAAGAAAAGGAGGUAAUGGAAUCCAUGAUGGAAGAGGACCUGAAUCAUCGAACAGAAGAGGUUAGUAAGCUAGAAGAAACUAUACAUGGAGUUGAGAGGAAGCUUAAUGAAGUUAAACAAGAGAAAGAUUGCUUGGCUGCUACCCUGGAAGUGGAACAGAAGAAAACAAUUGAAUUAAGUGAGAGGAUCCAUCUACUUGAAGUGCAGAUAAAAGAAAAAGAAGUAGUGCAACAAUUCCUAGAAAAGGAAAUAACUUCACGAGAAGCUGAGAUAUCGGAAUCAUCAACAAAGGUGAAGAAACUCGAGAGUGAUCUGGAUACAGCUUGUCAGGUAGCUCUGGAUUUGCAAGAAGAAGCAGAAGCUCAACUCAACCAUGUAUUGACACUUAAAGCAACCAUUAGUGCAAAGGAUUAUGAUAUUGAUGCUAAAGGAGAGCUAAUUAGUACACUUCAAGAGGAGAUCAGUCAAAAGCUUAACGAGACAAGCAUUUUGCAAGACAGAUGUGAAGCACAGUCAUUGUCCACAAACAAGAUGGAAGAAAAGCUGAAGGAAAAGAAAGAACAGAUAACAAACCUAAACAAAGAAAUUUCUUCAAUGAAAGAUGCACUGUCAUCACGUGAAAAGACUCUAGCAAGCCUUGAGAUGAAAACUUCCAAUAUGGAGGAUAAUAACCAUCAGCUAGAGGAGAAGGUGGUGGAGCUCAUGGCAGAAAUUAGUGACAGAGAAGCUCAACACAUUUCUAGGUUAAAUCGCAUAGAAAGAGAUCUGGAUGAUUUGGGUGUGAAGUACUCUGAAGCUCUGUUAGAACAAGAGGCUACACGUCGUGCCCUCACUCAGACCACAGAACAGCUUGAGAAGGAGAAUCUUCUCCGCAUGGCAUCAGAUGCUGACAUCCAGAGCUUGAAGGAAGAAGUAUCUGCUUAUAAAGAGGAGAAUAAAACAAUGGAAUCAAACCUCAAGGAUUUGGUUCAGAAAUAUACCAACUUGGAAGAUGCCCUGGCUUGUGAGGAAGCGGAGAAUCGUGAUCUUGAAGACAAACUGGAGCGAGAGGUGCGAUUAGCACAGGAAGCUGCUGCUGCCACAGAGAAAGAGCUUUCAGCUUUGCAAACAUCAAGUUCUGGAUUUUGUACACAGAUAACACAGUUAAAGAUUGAUAUGCGAAAAAAGUCUCAAGCAGUAGAAGAGAUGCAGCAGUGUAUUGAAACAUUACGCGAGGAGAAAAUGCACCUAACAACUCUCCGAGACAAUCUAGAAAAAACAGUGGAGACUAAAGAGGAUACCAUUGCACAGCUACAUCUUCGGGCAUCUACAGAAGAGAGAGAGAUGGAAGAAGAGCGUGUUACACUAAGGUCAAGGAUUGCGGACCUUGAGAAUCACCUUAAAGAAGCCGAAAAUAAGAUAAGUGACUUGGAGGAUAAAAUGUCAUUCCUUGAGGAGGAAAAACUAAAGCUUACCAAAUCAUAUGAGAAGCAGUUGGAAGAGAAGACACAUUUGGUGACACAGGCAACUCAUAAGUUAGAAGACAUGGAUAGAAAAUAUAAUGGUUAUGAAGAUCAACUGAAAAACUUGCAGACUUCCUUGUUAGAGAAAACUUCAGAGGCUGAAGACUUGCAGGAGAAAUAUACUGCUGCUAGCAAGAGCUUAGAAUCCCAGAAGGAAGAAGUGAACAGCUUGGAAACUAACAUGAAUAGACUGAAGGAUGAAAUAGACACCCUGAGCAUGACUCUAGCAUCAAAAGAUAAUAUCCUGGAAUCUCUCAAUGAUACAUUAGAUACAAAAAGUGAUGAAAUGCAGUCACUCUACAAGAACCUCAAGGAAAAACAGGCAGCUCUGGUAGAGUGUGAGACCCGUCUGCUUGAAUUGGAAGUAAAAGAGGAGAAGCUAAUCAGAGAAAAAGAGGAGGCUGCUGAUAGUAUUACUAACCUUCAGGAAACCCUCAACAGUACCAGAAACCAGUUGUCUAGAUUGGAAUUAAUAUACUCUGAGGAGAAGACUGCAGAGGUGUCUCGUGUUACUCAGUCAUUGGAAGCUGAUAAGCAAGACCUCAAGGACACUAAUGCAGCAUUAUUGGAGGAGGUCACUUUCUGGAAGGACAAAUUCCAGCAUCUUGAAAAAAUGGUUGAACCAUUUAGAGAGCAACUAGAUGCAUAUGAGGUUGAGAAAGCUAGCCUUCUUGAACGUAGCUCUGCAGCCAAGGAAGAGGUGGACAAGCUUAGCAAACAGUAUGCAACACUUUUAGGUCACCAGAAUCACAAACAGAAAAUCCAGCAUGUGCUCAAGCUCAAGACUGAGAACAGCAUACUUAAAGAAGAAGUUCAUAAGUUACGCCAGGAGAUUGAGCGGCAGCGCAAGAAUAUCAGGCGGUUGGAGGACAAAAUGGUGAAACUGAGUGGGUCAACUAGUCGCCUUAACGAUGCCUCCAAAUUGCUGGGUGACAAAGAAAACUCUUUCCAUGUUUCUACUGGUGCUGUUCUACCAAUGGCAUCAACCCCACUUAAAACUAGCAAUAAACCACAAAGACUUUGAUGGAGGACUGGCCAUAUGUACAGUAGUGGUUUAUUUAGAUUAACCCGUUUAAUCAAGAUUAUUGGUUUUAUUUUUGAUGUGCAUGAUAGUACCAAAUUUGUUACAUGAAUAUGCCUGAUGAUUAAUAAUAAUAAUAAUUUUAGAUUCAGACCUUGUGUUCCAUGAAAUAUUUUGGUGAGAUCUUGUACCUUGUUUUCUGUCAUGUCCAUAUUUAUUUUCAACAUAAAAUAUUUGGACGAACAUAAAUGGGUAGAUAGUGUUAUCAUUUAUUAGUGAUAUAGCAUUCUACAUUUUAUAAUUUGUGAUAUAUUUUAUGCCAUAUGUAAAUAACAUUCAUCACAAACAUUGUUGCCAUAAAUCAACAUUCACAUAUUCCAUCUUACAGGUUCUUGAUAUUUUCAUGUAAUGUAAGAAAGUUUUUUAUUUCCUUGUAUUUUUAAGGGAACUUGUUCCUGAACUUUUAUUUUUAUUUAAAAAAGUGUGUUUUUGUGACAAUAAAGAUAAGUAUAUACAGUACAGUA